GUGGACCUGCUGGAGAUGGCGGGUCGGAAGCCGUGGGAAGCGAUGGACGAUGGUAGGUGGUAUGCAUCCUUAUCUCUGGCGACUAGACCCAAGCCUUAGUGACCGUUGGCCCGGCCCACAGGAUGGAUGGUUAUCUGGCUCCUCCACAGUGGCCUCGACCAGUCCGAAGAUAGGGCCCCCCGAUAAGCACUUGUAGGCGGCACUCCAGAGGAAUUCAGAGACAACCUCAUCCUGCCAAUCUCCAGAGCUGACAGCCAUUUGACAUUCCCGUGAUUGAAAUGGCGAUGAUGACUUGCAGAAAAUCGAGAGAGAAGGUGGUGUUGGUGGUGGAAGUUGAUCGUCAAGACUUGGCAAUGCUUGUUUCCUGGAGCUGGAACCCACCCACCCGUUCACGCGAAAAGAACCCCCACGGACCGAGAACGUGCUCUCUUUCCCCACCAAAUUCCCGGACGCGACUGCCUCUUACCAAUUUGCCGUCGGCCAUUUCAAAAUGGUUGCAGUCCGCGCCUGCUUUAAUUCUCUUUCCUUUCUUCAACUCGGACGACGACGUUCCAGAUCUCAGAUUGGCGAUCCUGGGCACUCGAAAGCGUGCAUACCGCGGAGUUGCGCCAAGAACGCGCGGCUCGGUUCAGGGAACGGAGGCUGAUUUACAUUACAUUGCAUCCCACCUCCUGCAACCGCCGCAGCGAACGACCUGCUUUUGGACCUCUCGCCAGCCAGUCCGGAGGUGUUCUCACGUCUCUACAAUUCCAAUGGUGCAACUUCUCCAUGAUUACCACCCUCUCAGCAAACGAUGCCACCCCUGCCCUGCGAUGGCAUCCACAACGAGCGCCCUGUCGUUUCUCAUGCUGGUUUGUGCCGUUGCUAAUUUCCCCGACCCUUGAAACAACCUAGCGGUGAGGCGGAAGCGCACAUUGGUCUCGACGUUUCUGACGGCAAUCGUCGGAAGAAAACAGCACAAACAAAAACACGAUAUUGGGACUUUUCAGUGGGUUGGUGGCUCGUGCUCUCGGCCCUCGGCGGCUAUCGGAAGCCUCACAACGGCAGGCAAGUGCGGUCCGGCCGGUGUUAACGAUGCAAUGCUGAUCCUGAGGUGCUAAAACAGGAGGGAAGAUGCCUGAUUUAAAGCUGGCAUUCCACCAUUUCGAAUAUGAUGCCACGGAUGCCUGA